UCUGAAAAGCUUCCUGUCGUCGUUACAUUGCUCUGCAUUUUUAUCUAGAUGUAAAAUGUGGACUAGGAUUAUUAUAUUAUUUUAUGUUAUGAGUGAAGUAUUUAGUGCAUAAUUUAAUAUGUGUUUAGUAGAUUGUGUCGUUUAAUUGAAAGUUAUCGAGCGUCUCGAUGUCCACGAGUUCACUCGAGACCAACAAAGCGGCGGACAUUUUAUUUUGAGUACUCGAUAAUGUAGCGUUUGCGUCGAAAACAUUAAAUGUCGUUUUAUGGUUCUGUAUUCGGAUAUCGUUCGCUUACACCUUUCCGAUGCCGAGGGGGGUGAAGCGAGGGCCGGUGGAGGGCGAAGCUGAGGUGGUGGUACGCGUCGGAGCAUCUCCGUCGCAAACCACACUCUUGGAUGACAGCCCUAGCCAGCCUAUCAGCUAUCACUUGCUCGACCAUGGCUAUGGGGCCACACCUCAACACCAGAUUCGGCGGGAGGCGCCCACCGCACCGCCGAAGACUUCAGAAGCGGUGAAAAGAAGACUGAACCUGAGCGAAAGCAGCUCGGGUAGCCAGGGCCACGUGGUGCCGAUGAAGGGUGACUUCAAGACGCCCAAACAGAAGCGCGUCAAAGUCCUAACUCCCUAUAGCCGCCCGUCCAGUUCUAUGAAAAAAUACACCGAACGUUCCAGGUUUGACACAUCAUUAGGUUUAUUAACAAAAAAAUUCGUAGCGUUACUUAAAUCGUCACCAAAUGGUGUACUCGAUCUAAACAUAGCAGCGGAGCACCUAUCAGUUCAAAAGCGACGCAUCUAUGACAUCACAAACGUAUUAGAGGGUAUAGGAAUAUUAGAGAAGAGAUCGAAAAACAAUAUACAAUGGAAGUGCGGUGUGGCGGGGGCCGGCGGCGCGGGGUCGGAGGCGCGCGCGCGGCGGCUGCGGCGCGAGGUGCGCGCGCUGGGCGGGCGCGAGGCGCGGGUGUCGCGCGCGGUGGGCGCCGCCGAGCUGGCGCUGCAGCGCCUGUCCGCCGAGCACGGCGCGCGCGCCUACAUCACGUACGCCGACCUGCGCUCCAUCCGAGACUUCCGCAACCAGACCGUCAUACCGAUCAAGGCGCCGCCCGACACGAGGCUCAGUGUACCACAUCCAGAUGAGAAAGGUUACAUGAUACAUUUGAAAUCUAUGUCUGGAGAAAUAGAAGUCUACCUCUGUCCUAAAGAAAGACCACCGACACCUCCUCCCUGGUUAUUGCCAUCGGACCCCUUACUAGAAGACAAUAAGGCUCUGUUGGCUCCACUCAUAGCACAAUUACAGUCCAUGCCCUCCAGUUCCAUCACUGCUACCUUUACGACGCCGAUAAAACGCGAGCCGUCGUCGCCGUCGUCGCUCUGGUCGCGCAGCCUGGUGGUACGGUCGCCGUGCGUCACGGACCCCACGCUGCCACUGGCCACGCCCCCGCCGGCCACGCCCCCGCAGCGCCCCGCCCCCACGCCGUCAGUGGCCACGCCCUCCACACCCGCCUCGCCACUGCUGGCCACGCCCGACAAUGGUAGUGCUCGUGGAAGGCUCCGGAACGCUCUCAUUGCUGAUAGUGACGACUUCGCUCCCAUCAUGGGCGGCGGUCGCUUCCAGCUUCAGACAGAGGAUCAGGAGUCAGAGUCGUUGGAGCUGGAGCCGUUCCUGGCUCUGGAGCCGCCGAUGUCCGCCAACGACUACGGUUUCUGUCUCGACCACGACGAGGGCCUGUCGGAACUUUUCGACUUCGAGUUCUAGUGACGUGAGCGUGCUCCACGGCUGCGGCCGGGUGUGAGUGCGACCGUGCGGGUUCGUCGAGGGCGAGUGCAACAAGGGAGAUUUCGUCGCGGGCAAGGACUACGAGGGGGAUUUCGACAAGGCCGAGUGCAACAAGGGAGAUUUCGUCGCGGCAAGGACUACGAGUGGGCUUUCGACGAGGCCGAGGACUACGACGGGGAUUUCGUCGCGGGCGAGGACUUUGAGGGAGAUCUCGACGAAUUCUUCGUGGACGAGUUUGACCCGCUCUUGCGUGCCCUCAGUGAUGUGCGUGUUGUGACGUUAGUGGUGCCACGACUAAGUACAGUUUACGAGUAUCUACAGCCGAGCUGGAGUGUUACACUGUUGGUCGAUAAUAAACUAUGCACAAAUGAGUCGCGAGGAGUACGCUUAAUUGUACAUUGUAAAGAAUGAUUUUUUUAUAUCGGCCGUGAAUGCUUUGUGUAUGCGCAAUAUAUAACAUCGAAUCUACAAUAGAA